UCGGUUGAUGUAUUCUUGCUUAUUUCUGUGUUAUUCCAUCUCUGUUCGUAAACUGCCCUUUUGUGAAUCUACACAGUGACAAAUUAUGGAUUUAGACGGAGCCAAGGAGAAUAUAAUGCCAUUGGCUUGCGGGCGCAAUGUGCGAUAUCUGCAGACGGCAUUGAGUGCCGAAAACGAUCAUGAACUGAUGGCGGAAUUACAAAAACAAAGACAAGAUUUCGAAAAAGCAAUUCACGAAUAUGAGGGUGACGAUCCUUUAGAGUUGUGGUUCAAUUAUAUUCAAUGGAUUGAACAAAGCUAUCCGAGUGGCGGAAAGGAGAAUGGCUUGUUCGAAGUGCUUCAGCAAUGUCUUGGCAAAUUUGAAUGCGACGAGAAGUAUUUUCAGGAUCGCAGGAUGAUCAAGCUCUGGAUCAAAUAUCUCGACAACCAAAAGGAUCCUCAGGAAUUCUACCAAACGCUAUACAACCAAGGCAUCGGGACCAUGGUCGCUGAUCUUUACAUUUGUUGGGCUUAUUAUUAUGAUCUGUGCGGGAACUUUGCCAAGGCCGAUGAGAUAUUUCGCAAGGGAGUGGAUGCAAGAGCUCAACCGUUCGAUGAGUUGGAACAGGCACAUAAACAUUUUGGUUUCACGAUGUCGCAACGGCUCUUGUACAAGGACGAGGAGUCGAAUUUGCAAUUUAUGUCGUCCUUGCAGGAGAGAAGACAUGCAUUGACAUCUUUGAGGACACAUAAAAAGAAUGUGGGCAGCAUUAGGACGGGAGCGGCGGUGAAGAGCUUCAAUCCGGGCAAAGUUGAGCUUGCUUCGAAAACUCCAGUUCAGCGAAGCAAUGUGGCCAUCAAAGUGUUCGAUGAUCAAAAUCACGAUCCGAAUGCCGUUGAACCAUCUACAUCUGCUCCACCAACCGAGGAACAUCCAAUGUCCCAGUCACUUGUACGGAGUAUUAUUGAUAGCACACGUAAGCAAGAGAAUAUUCGCGAACCGGGGCCCUGGUCCAAAGCUCGAUUGAAUAAGAAACGUUCUGUAUGCUUACUCGGCUCUGGUAGUCAUCACGAACCAGGAUUUGAGAUAUUGGAAGAUGAUAACGCUGAAUAUCGAGCCCCAUUACCAAAAGGCGAUGUUAAUUUUUCAAAAGGUAUCCAAUUGCCACCUGACUUUGUGCGUCAAAAUGUACCACUCCCGAAGUGGGAAGUGCCCCCGACUCUCGAUACGGAUGGAGUGCGAGCAAAUAUAUAUCCAUGUUAUGAGAAAACCCAAUUGUAUCCCAAGGAGAAUGAGGUGUAUUGCCCGGAAGAGUACAGGGGUUGGUGUUGGUUUAAAAAACGAGGAAUAUCCAAUCAGUUUACACAAAAACACGAUCAUAUUUGGACGCCUAACUUGGAUUAUGGAUUUCAUUUGUAUCCGAACUUCUGUAAAAAGAAUCUUGAACAGACGGAAUUCUCCACAAAAAGAUUUGUACAAGAUGAGGACAUUUCAGCUAAUCAUAAUUUCACAUUUGCCUUCAAAGAAGUCUAUCCGGAUGAUAGCACCGAGGAAUUUUCGUUUGAGGAAAUACUUUGGAAAAAAGUUCGGGAAGGAAAAAGAAAGCUGCAAUUAAAUACGGAUGAGACUAUUCUCAUGGCAGAAGAUUUGGAUGAAACUCAGUGCGUUGCUGGCGCGGCCCCUCGAGACCGUCGAAGUUUGUUCCCAUCGAGGAGAUCAGUUUUGCCAAAAAUGAUGGCUCCUAUUGUCGAGGCUCCUGUACAGCCACGAAGAAGCGUUAUAACGGUGAAUCCGCAAGGAAGUCCACCACUUGAUGACCAGCCGGUUUCGCUCCAGCAACGUGCAGCAGAGGCAUCCGUUUCGAAUAUUGCCCAAGAUAAAGCGGAAGCUCAGAUAAGACAGGGACUUGUUGGUGAAAGCGGAUUUCCAUCGGUGCUUCGGAAAAUAAGCAGCUUCAGCAGUGGCGAAGAUACCGAAAAGGAGGAUAAAUUGAAGCAGAAGGCAACGGCCCCGCAAAUAUUAGCAAGAGUUGGUAGUUUGGAAAAUGAUUGCGGCCCGCGUGAUGAAGUUUUACCGAAGGCAUUGCCUAGUGCCACCAAAAUGAGUAAUUUUGAAGAUGAUUUUGAUGAUGGAGAUGUAUUCAAGGCACCACAAAGCUUCCCGCGGCCGGCGAAACAAAGAGUUUCUAUCCAUCCCGUCCAAGAUGAGGAGGACGAGGAGAAGGCGACGGACGCAUUUGUCGUUAACGAAACUUGUUCCACGCAAACAUUUAACUUUUUCAUAAAAUCUCAAUCGGUAAGUACGCCAAAGCAUUUGCGGAAGUCACAAGGUGCAUGCUUGCAAGAGCAGGAGCUCCCAGCACCCAGAACAUUAAUGUCACCUCCAACACCACCCACUGAAAAUGAAAACCAAUUGAAUAUGACUCCAGCAAACACUCUUUUUCCGCCGAAACAAUUGUCCAUUAUAAUGGAAUUGACUGAGACCAACACAGUGUCGUCCGGUACGAAAUCAACGGCUGAAACUCAUGAUUUUGAUUCGGAGUCAUCAAAGUCGAAUUACACGACGAAACCAUCGAGUUUAGAGCAAUAUCCUAUGUUGGAUCCCAUUCUUGAGGUGUCAGCUGCCCAGAAAUCAAGGGAAGCAGGUCGACAAUCGCCACAAGUGAAUCGAGAUGUGAUGAAAAUGACCGAUGAAGAAGCAAUGCCUGCUCUUAUGAUGUCUAUGAAAGUUUUCGAAGAUAAGACGGAGACGGUCCCGAAGAUGUUGUUAACUAAACUUGGAAGUAAUCCACCGCCGUCAACUAAUGAUGAUGAUUAUGCGACUUUAUUUACCACGACUCCUACAAAAGCUAGUCAGUUCUUGGCAGACAAGGUUAAUCCGUCUGCGGUAAACGAAUCAAUGACUUUCUCUAAAUUAUCCGAGAUAACUUUGCCAAGACUGGAAUCCGGAAAGAUUGUUUCAAAAUUUGUUCCAGCGAAAGAAUCAGUGCAACAAGGUUGGCAUGAAGCAAGCUUGAAAAAGGACGGAAUGAACGUAGAUGAUUGCGGUCUGGCAAAUGAUUCGAUCACGUUCUCGAAGUUGAAAGAUCUCACCAAUCCUGGUGGCUUGAUGGAUAAGGGUAAAAAGCAAGUUGAACCUAGUGAACAGCGGCAGAAAGUGUUUGGAGAUGGGAGUUUCGACGAUAAGUCACUUCUGGAAGCUUUCGAAACUUCACUAGGAUCAAAACAUUUGAGAAAUUUCAACCCUUCCGCGGCAAAAUUUGAGACUAGCGACAUUAAGCUGGAAUUCAAGGAGCCUGCUAUGCCCAAUGUGCCAUCUGAAAAUCUGACUAUGUCGACAAUGAAUCUAAUUGGCGCGAAAAACUCCUCAAUUUCAGAGGUUCCAUUUUUUCCGAGCACAUCGCAGAUUCAGGAAUCGUCAGUGCAUAUAAAACAGGAACCAUUUGAAGCUGUCUCAGGUGGAAAGAUUGUCAAUUUUAGGAGUAGUUCGACAUCGUCUCAAGCUUCUUUGGUACCGCAAACUCCUCAAACUCACGAAGCGUCUGCUCAUGGUGAGAGAGGACUAGGCGACAGCAUUUGCGCUGGGAAGUCUAACAGCCAUCACGGUAGCUCCUCAUCCGUCCAGGAACGAUCAAUAUUGAGUCGAUUUGCUGAAAUCUCCCGUCGUCAAUCGGAAAAAGUUGAUGAAUCGUUAAAUAUCGAUUCUAGUCUACAUGCAUCUAACAUUGGCCAUUUUCAGGAACAAAUGGGCGUAGUGUCAAUGAAAAACCAGUCGGUUGUGUGGUUUCACGGACAAGAUUCGAAUUCAAGACCUAGUGCCAUUGUGAAGCAAGAAACAGGGGCGACAGGCAUUUUUUCCGAGUUAAAAACCAAACCUACAGAUUUGGGUCGAAGUAUUUAUGUAAAAAGGACCCCUGAAACUAGGAAAGUUCAUUGUCAGGAUUGGUCGUAUGAUGAGGAAAUAUCCGAGGACAAUCAUUUCGUUCACGCUAACGUCGAUUUAGACCAGACGAGGAUUCUGAUCACGGAUAAAAUCAAUCAAAAUGUUAAUCCAUUCGAUCGAGAGUUAAUUAAAGCCUUUUUAGAUAAUAUCGAAAUUAGUUCGUUUAUAGAAAAGUUGCCAACUUGCACGAUGGUGAAUAGAGUGAGACCUUUGCAAAAGGGUAGCUCGGUGACUGUGGCAAAUGUUAAUUUUGAUGUAUUAAAAACGGUGGGAGAAGGGAGCUACGGUAGCAUUUUUUGUGCCAAAGAACGAUCGACCGGAAAUUUGUUUGCUAUUAAACAGGAGAAACCAGCGAACCUUUGGGAGUACUACAUUUGCUUAGAAUUGAAGUCACGUAUUAAUAACGACAAAAUGAUGCGCGGAUUUAUGGAUGUCGAAUAUGCUUUGAUUGGAAACAAUGCCAGCUUGUUGUUCACGGAGUUUUCGAAAUACGGGUCGUUGAUUGAUGUCUGCUAUAAAGUCCACGCUGCGACUGGAAAAAACAUUGACGAGUUUGUUGUGAUGGUUCUUGCGAGCCAGCUGUUGCUGAUUAUGGAUCAUCUGCACGCCUCGAAGAUUAUUCACGCUGAUAUUAAGCCAGAUAACUUCCUGUUAAUGUCGAAACUUGCCCAUCCUUCGGACACGCCAUCGGUGCAGCUAAUCGACUUCGGUGUAUCCAUUGAUUUGUUGUCAUUCUUGCCUAAGCAAACUUUCAACUAUGUCACACGCACGGAGGGCUUUACUUGCAUCGAAAUGCUCGAGAAUCGUCCUUGGACCUAUCAGCCCGACCUUUUCGGCUUGGCUGGAACGAUACACGUUCUACUUUUCGGUAAAUACAUGGAUGUCGAAAAGAGACACACUGGCUGGAAUAUAAAAACCCACAUGCCGAGAUAUCUGAAUAGGAGUUUAUGGAAUUCGAUUUUUACGACGUUGUUGAAUAUUCGGGAUUGCGAUUCAAUGCCGAAUCUGCAACAACUUCGUGUUAUGCUAGGAGAGGAAAUUGUCGAGAAUGAGAAGCAUGUGCAGGAUAAAAUAAGAGAAUUCAAUUUAGCCAUCGAACGAUGAUUGGGAUGGGAUAGUUGCGAAUUUUUUAAUUGAUUAGAUUUAAAUCUUCUUUUACUUUACAAUUGCAUUAAUGUGCUAUUAGAGAACUUAUUUUUUUAGAGAUAAAUAAAAUCGAACUAAGACUGCUCCU